UUUCAUCUCAUCAUGGCCGCGGGCACCCUCCACAAGCUCCUUAUCGUGCCUGCCACUUUCGGGCCGUUAUCCUACAUGACUCGCAACUUCCUGACCAUUGUAACUGCGACAGUGAGCGACCCCACAACUUCCUGCUGGUCCUGGUAUAAGUCAUCUUAGAGUUCGAUAGCGUUGAUACAGACUAUCUGAUAUCUGAAUGGAGUAAUUGUAGAUACAGAAAUAUCACAGGAGACUCGCCGCGCAUCCGGCUUGCUUGUGCGUGAAGUGUUUAUCCGGAUCUUGCAACCUUUAGGCGAAACUAGCAACCACCAAUGCCACCAAAUAUCUCUCUCCGAGAAUCUAUCCGUUGGCUGCCUGAUGAAGCCUACGAAGAUACGAAUACUGUCGUACUUACGUCUGGAGAACAACGCUUCGUGGACGUUCGACUCCGGAAGACCGAUGAAGGGACCCGCGGGCAAGAUCCAGAAAUCGAUUGGGCAUUUGCAGGCACUGCUACGUCGACACAGGCUUCUCCGGAUACCGACAACACUCACACAACCUGGUAUCACUGGAUUGACUCACGACAUCACGGAAAAGCCGCCGAAGGUAUCCUUGAUCAUGGAGACAUGUCGCCACUGCCUGGUGACCGAACGCUAGAGAAAGGCCGUAUGAUCAACCCAGCCACUGGUAAGGAGACCGACUACGAAGAGAUAUGGAAGGACGAGGAACCCAUUGCCGUUCCAUCAAACGACGAACCUGCGAGGCGCUGCUGCAUCGUUCUGACGCUGGAAGACACCGCGGCACACGUGCAAGGUUCCAGACCGCGUGGGAUGUUGAUACGGGUGGGUCAUAUCGUUCAAGGCAUGGUUAAGACAGGUGAAACUACUCACAUCGAGCGGUGGCAGUGGGAGAAGUCGGCGCUGCAGGGUUCGUGGGUGCGAACCUGCAAGGUUGGCAUCUAUCCCUUGCCGGUGCUCUUGCUCACCUCGGAGUCCGCGCUCAAAGGGAGUGCGCAAGAAGACGGCAUGGGCCAUCCAUGGAAAGUAGUCGAGUCCGAAUACUUUUGACACGCUUGCUGGAGUCAAAAGGCUCCGUGUGACACUUGUUCAAGCGACACUAUAGCGGGCAAUCAUAACUAUAUGUCAUACGCAUACGGUAUCACCGAGUG